AUGUUGUCUGAAUCUGUUCUCUGCCUCUUGACCGAGGACCUGCUUAUCAAAGUCCUUGACAAGCUAGGCUCCGACCGGAAAUCAUGGCGGCUUGUAUGCAAGGAGUUUCUUCGGGUCGAAUCGGUGACCCGGAAGAGUGUUCGGAUCCUCCGGAUUGAGUUCUUGCUCGGGUUGCUUCAAAAGUAUUGCAACAUCGAGACGCUUGACCUAUCGCUGUGUCCGCGGAUCGCCGAUGGAGCCGUGUCGAUUUUGCUGAGUCAGGGAUCGGUGAGUUGGACUCGGGGACUCAAGAGACUCGUGCUGAGUCGCGCGACCGGGUUGGGUUACGCGGGGUUGGAGGUGUUGAUUCGAGCGUGUCCUCUGUUGGAGGCGGUUGAUGUGUCCCAUUGUUGGGGAUAUGGGGACAGAGAGGCUGCUGCGUUGUCAUGCGCGACGAGGUUGAGGGAACUAAACAUGGACAAGUGUUUGGGGGUUACUGAUAUUGGGUUGGCAAAGAUUGCUGUUGGGUGUAGCCAAUUGGAGAGCCUCAGUUUGAAAUGGUGCUUGGAGAUUUCUGAUUUGGGUAUUGAUCUUCUUUGCAAGAAGUGCUUGGAAUUGAAAUUUCUCGAUAUCUCCUAUCUCAAGGUAACAAGCGAAUCUUUGCAACCAAUAGCUGCUCUGUUAAAGCUUGAGGUUUUCGUUAUGGUUGGCUGCUCUUCAGUGGAUGAUGCUGGAUUGCGGUUUCUUGAAAAAGGAUGUCCACUACUUAAGGCAAUUGAUGUAUCAAGGUGUGAUUGUGUUAGCUCAUCCGGUUUAAUAUCUGUAAUUAGUGGACAUGGUGGUCUUGAGCGGAUGGAUGCAGGAUACUGCCUCUCUGAGCUUUCAGCGCCUCUUGUUAAAUGCUUGAAGAAUUUAAAGCAGCUGAGCAUAAUUAGAAUCGAUGGUGUUCGAGUUUCUGACUUUAUACUUCAGACCAUUGGCACCAAUUGCAAGUCUUUAGUGGAACUUGGUUUAAGCAAAUGUAUUGGGGUGACCAACAUGGGAAUUAUGCAGCUGGUAUCUGGCUGUGGCAAUUUGAAGAUACUUGAUUUGACUUGUUGUCGUUUCAUCACUGAUGCAGCCAUCUCUACUAUAGCAGACUCUUGUCCGGACCUUGUUUGUCUGAAGUUAGAGUCUUGUGAUAUGGUGACUGAGAGUUUCCUUUAUCAGCUUGGAUCAAGUUGCUUGCUGCUUGAAGAGCUUGAUCUUACUGAUUGCUCUGGCAUCAAUGACAUAGCACUCAAAUAUCUAUCAAGGUGUUCAGAAAUAGUGAGAUUGAAAUUAGGAUUAUGCACAAACAUAUCAGACAUAGGAUUGGCACACAUUGCUUGUAACUGCCCAAGAAUGACUGAACUUGAUCUCUAUCGCUGUGUAUAUAUAGGAGAUGGUGGACUUGCAGCGCUAUCUAGUGGAUGCAAGAAGUUGACAAAGCUCAAUGUGUCAUAUUGCAAUAGAAUUACAGACAGAGGAAUGGAGUAUAUCAGCCAUCUAGGUGAACUAUCUGAUCUGGAGUUGCGCGGGCUUUCGAACAUCACAAGCAUCGGUAUAAAAUCAGUAGCAGUUAGUUGCAAGAGAUUGGCUGAUUUAGAUUUGAAACAUUGUGAAAAUAUUGAUGAUUCAGGUUUCUGGUCCCUUGCCGUUUAUUCUCAAAACCUUCGGCAGAUAAAUAUAAGCAACUGUAUCGUGUCAGAUGCGGUGUUGUGCAUGCUUAUGGGUAACCUGAAACGCCUUCAGGAUGCCAAACUGGUUCGUCUUGCUAAAGUCACUGUUAAAGGAUUGGAACUUGCCCUUAGAGCUUGCUGCGGUCGUAUUAAAAAGGUUAAACUGCAGAGGUCUCUUAGGUUCUUGCUUCCCUCAGAAAUACUCGAGACAAUCCAUGCACGGGGGUGCAAAAUCAGAUGGGAUUAGCUACGCUAUUUAAGUCACCAAGAUAAUGUAUUAGAUUUUAAAUUUCUCUUGUAUUUUCUUCCCUUAACUUCUGUUGCCCUUGUAAGGUGCAUGCAAGUUCAAUUA